AAAGGAAUUGAUCUUGGCCCUCCUGAGGGUGCGAGGAAGGGAGGGGACGGGAUGGUCGGAGUCCCCUUUUGCACUCAUAGCUCUUUACCCCCUGCCCUCCCCCCGAACUGGCGGCACCCGUCUCUCAGGACAACAGGACGCUGACGACGCAUCAUCAACCGGCGACCGAGGGAGAGGCCAGUAGAGACCACCCCCCCCAACGGAGGAAGUGACGUAACAACUGGCGCCUCCGAGGACGUGAGCGGGGAGCAAGUGCCGGCCAUGGCCCCUCGGCGCCUCCUGUUGGUUGGGGAGGGGAAUUUUUCCUUCGCCGCUGCGCUGAGCGAGACCCUGGACGGGAGCACCCGUGUAACCGCCACCUGCCUGCAGCGCGCGGCCGACGUGGCCCGGGAUCCCGUGGCCCGGGAGAAUCUGCGGCGCCUGCGCGAGCGAGGUACUGAGAUACUUUUUUGUGUGGACUGCACCCGUCUGGCAGAUGCCUUGGAACUGCACCCCAGGGAGUUUGAUCGAAUUUAUUUUAAUUUUCCCCACUGUGGACGCAAAGCUGGAGUAGCUAAGAACAGGGAACUGCUUGCCAAGUUUUUCCAGAGCUGUAAAGAUGUUCUUGCAGAGGAAGGAGAAGUCCAUGUGGCAUUGUGUAGAGGACAAGGUGGGACUUCUGCUGAUAAGCCAAGGAGAGAAUGGCACAACAGCUGGCAGGUGGUUGCCAUGGCUGCUCUGGGAGGAUUCAUUUUAAGUGAGGUGCAUCCCUUCAGCUGUGAGUCUGUGCCAGGGUACAAGUGCACUGGAUAUAGGAGUCAAGAUAAGUCCUUUCAUGUAGAAGGUGCUUUGAACCAUAUCUUCACCCGGAGCUUACCCUUUGGGUGUUCACAACCCAGAACCUUCAGGAUCAAACUGGGUGACCGGUGGUUUUCCUUUCCAGAACCAGAAGCACUUGUAGGAAAGUUGAACAGAGGUUUCCUAGAAGCACCUUCCUGUCAUCCCAUCAAAACCAUUAAUGAGAAGCUCAUUGCUGAAUUGGGCAAAGCUUUCCCUCUUAAGAGGCUGAACUGUUCCUUUCCUUUACUGCCAGAGGGAAGCACCAAUGUUCUCACUUACUGGAACUGUGACAGUCUGUCGGCUGCCUUUUGGAUUAGUCUCUGUGAAGAUAACUCAAAUUCUGAGUCCCUGACUGGUGGGACAACACAAGACAUGAAGGACUUUCUAGUGUUAUUUUCAGAACUUAAUCUUCUCAAGGAUCCUGGAUUAGACAGCAAGGAAGAAGCUCAUGAAGAAAUCUAUGGCCAAAAUAAGGUGUGCCUUAGACCUUCUCUCCUAGUUCAUGUUCAGGCUGUCAUCCAAGCACCAGGCUUCUUCCCAGGUUCCCUACACGUCCUCAGUGGACCUGUCUUUCGGAAGUGCUUUAUCUUGCCUUUCACAAUGCCAGCAUUUCAUGAGAUUUUAUUUAUCCUUGGGUUUAAUAAAAAUCUGAAGGAUCAUUAUCUUCAGUCACUGCUGGAUCACCUGAAGGGCACUCUUGAUAGCCUUCUGACCCAGACAUUGCUGGAGGGCUCUAAGCUGAGCAGUUCAGUGGAAUUUGUCUUUCAACCAAAUGGGAAAGAUUAUUUUAUUUAUGUGAAGUCUCAUAAUUUUGGCCCAGAUUGUGCCAAGGAUCUGAUUAUUGGGUCUGUCACAUCUGCUACAAGCAUUAUACACAAAGACCAGAGUUUUAUGUUUGUGUCUAUGAACUUGGACCUACUAACAAUGCUUGUCUGGGGUAUCUCAGACUGGAGGAUGUUGUGGACCUUUGAUCCCCGUUUCCUGAAGAAUUUUGUUCCUGGGAAAAUAGAACCCUUUAAAAGCUAUUCCCUGUAUCCUCCGUGCUAUGUGCAUGAUAUUAGUUUUUGGUUAGAUAAGAAGAAAGAAUUUGAUGAACUAGAGUUUCACACAGUGGCCCGAGCAGUGUCCCAGGACACUGUCAUAUCCAUACAAUUCCUUAGUCGUUUCCAGCAUCCCAAGACUCAACAGGUCAGUCUCUGCUAUAGAUUGACAUAUCAGACCUGUGACAAGGCCCUCACUCGGCAGCAGGUGGCAUCAAUGCAAUUACAGUUUAGGAAAGAGAUUCAGCAAAGACUACAUGUAAUACCUCGAUAGUUUAAUAAAUUUACUUCUCCAGAGUAAUCUUUGUGGGUGUGAGUGCAGGUGCAGAUGAAAAAGACAAUUUGGGGACACUUGAGUGGCUCACUCAGUUAAGCAUCUGCCUUCAGCUCAGGUCAUGAUCCUGGGGUCCUGGGAUUGAGCCCAACAUGUUGUCUGGUUCCAUGUUCAGCAGAGAGUCUGCUGCUCCCUCUUCCUCUGCCCCUUCGCACUGGUUGUGUGCUCUCUCUCUCAAAUAAAAUCUUGUAAAAAAAAAAAAAAAAAGAAAGAAAGAAAGAAAAGAAAAAGACCAAUUUGUAACUGGUAAUUCUUUCCAGACUGUGUUUUUUGUAAAGUCUUUUACCUUGGUACUCUAGCCAAUGUUAGUUGACUCCAAAGAAACUUGGGGCUUUGUCACUUAAACUCAUAGACUGUGGUGGGAUUGGUGACCUAUGGAGUUGUACUGUAUUUUGAUCCUGAGUCAUGACUAGGAAAACAAAUAAAACAGCAUCUUGUAUU